AUGCUCGUCCACCCCAUCAAGCGCGUAGCCGUCAUCGGUGCCGGGCCCGCUGGCGCCAUUGCCAUCGAUUCCCUUGUGCGAGAGCAGGCGUUCGACCUCAUCCGCGUCUUUGAACGGCGAGAAGGCCCUGGUGGCUGCUGGAUUGGUGACACCACGCGACCUCCAACACUGUCCAACUUUGACGCGCUCGCAGCACGUACUGCCGACCCUCCUCUGCCGGUGCCCACAACACUCCCUGCCUCGACCCCAAGGAGCGACGUUCCCCGCUUUGACGAGUCCUCAGUCUACCCGUAUCUCGAGACCAAUGUCGACGCUAGCACAAUGGAGUUUAGCGAGGAGCCGUUCCCCACCGAGCCCAGCGACUGGUCUGUCGCGCACCACGGCCCCGAUACCCCGUUCCGUCCUUGGAAGGCCGUCCGGCAGUACGUCACGGACCUCAUCGAGCGCAAUGGCUACGAGGACCUUGUGAAUUACAACACCUCGGUCGAGAACGUGGAGAAGGUGGGCGACGAAUGGAAGGUCACGUUGCGUCGCAUAGGCAGCCAGAGUGACUACUGGUGGGUUGAGUGGUUUGACGCCGUCGUUGUCGCCAGUGGACACUUCUGGGUCCCCUAUGUCCCCAAGAUUGAGGGGCUCGAGGCGUUUGAGAAGAGUCAACCGGGGAGCGUCAUCCACAGCAAACACUUUCGAGGGCGGCACCUAUACGAGGGCAAGCGCGUCGUCGUCGUCGGAGCCUCAGUAUCGUCUGCCGACAUUGCAGUGGAUCUCGUCAAGUCGGCGCAAACGCCUGUGCACGCCAUCACCGUUGGCCACAAUUUCAACCCAUACUUUGGCGACCAUGCGUUCAAGCAUCCAGGCAUCGAAAACCACCCGUCCAUCUCCCGUGUGCAGGACCGCACAGUCUACCUCACCGACGGCAGCAAGAUUGACAAUGUUGACCACCUUAUCUUCGGCACCGGCUACAGCUGGUCGUUGCCGUUCCUGCCCAGCGUCCCGAUUCGCAACAACCGCGUCCUCGACCUGUACCAGCACGUUGUCUGGCGCCACGACCCGACACUACUAUUCAUUGGCGCCGUUGGCGCUGGUCUGACCUUUAAAAUCUUUGAGUGGCAGGCAGUCCUUGCCGCACGCAUCCUCUCAGGGCGUGCCAAGCUGCCUCCUGUCGAGGAGCAACUUGCGUGGGAGGAACAACGCGUCAAGGAGCGGGGUGACAGCCCUAAAUUCAGCGUCAUUCACCCCGACUUUGAAGACUACUUUGAGACUCUGCGUGCGUUCGCCGGAGAAGAGGGUGGCCGACAGCUGCCAAAGUUCCGCCGCGAAUGGGUGCGCUCCUUCAUGGAAGGUCACGACAGGCGCAUUGCCAUGUGGAAGAAGUUGAAUGCCGAGGCCGAGAAGGAGGCUAAUCUGUAG